AUGGAUAUAUUUCCGAAGUUGUUCGUCGCGCAUUGCAAGGAUGUAGAGAUCGUCUUUUCCCAGCUCUGCCCUGCUACCGUUCGUAACGUGAUGGGCACACUUUUCUUGGCUGCCGAGCUCGACAUGGAGAUCGUCCUCCUGUCUGGCAUGUUUCUCCUAGAAAUUUCUUCGACAACGUUAAACGGCUUUCCGAGCACGGGAGAAGAAAGUGGGACGAUACUGUCGAGACGAAGAUCAGACGGCAGUGGACUCGUAUCGAAGCAGUUGAAGAAGCAGAGGCCGAGCAUCUGGAUGGGGAAGCUAAACUUGACCUUGCCUCGUUACGGGAAGGGAGUGCCGACCGCGGUUGUGCCGUCGAAAGGGGCUGAGAAGAAGACGGAGAAGAAAAAGGAUAAGUCGGCUGGGAAGAAGACGGAAAAGAGGAAAGAGAGGAUGGCAUCCGCGUCCUCGGCGCGGACGGUAGUGACGAUUGGCGACCAUUUAAGCGGUGAUCAUGUUGUUCAUUCUGCGGAUGGCUGUUUUAUCGGCAAUCCGACUUAUACUUGGACGAAUCCUAAGAUGGGCUUGAACGAACUGAUAACUCCUACCUGGGAGGAAACUAACGAGGAAGGCGAUCAGAGCGAUCGUCCCACUUCGACAGGAGGGCCGGUCUUUCAGACAAUGCAACUUCAACAUGUUAUUCAUUUCAUCUACAAGCUUAAACCUUUCCUAAAGACUAGCGUAAUCUUAUUUCAGAUUCUCAUGAUCCUCUUUCAGACUCUCAUAUAUGAUCCUAAACAAUUCCUCUUGUUCAGACAUACUGCUUGA